AAUAUUUUCUUCCUCUUAUUUUUGUGCUCCGCCGGUAAAGUGCAUUUAUUUGGUUAUUUGCAACGUAGCUUGGUUUCAAUAAAAUAAGCGUUUAGAAGAUUUUAUAUAAAAAUGUCUUCAAAUCAAUGGGAAGUUGUUACGAAAUCCAAAAAAGCCAAAAAUCUUGAUAAGAAAGUAGAAGCUCAUACGGAGAAAAAACGACAGGCGGCCUUACUUCCAAAACUAGAAGAAAUUUUGCCUUCGCACGAAUAUCGUACUUUAUUAUCUGGUAAAAGAGGAAAAGAGAAUUAUUCGCCAGCAAAGUCGGCGAGCUCUUCAACAAAAUCGAAAUCGUCUCCCAUUAAGAAAAAUGCUAAUAAUACGAAAGACAAAUCUACGAAAAAGGAGCAAUCAUCGCAACAACAUGCUAAGCCGAAAUCAACAGUGUCCAAACCGAAAAGUUUAGAGUCUGCAUUGCGAAAUAUUGAAGCCAAUGAUUUCGCAACACAACUUGAGCAAUUAAAAGUUUUGUAUCCUGGUUCCGAACUGCUUUGGCUUAAAGGCGUUGCAAGCUUCUUCAACGAACUACUACCCUUCGAUAGUGAUCCCGUUUUCUCAGGAAAAUCAAUUCAUUAUCCCAGCAACUUGGCAAGUACUGCGCUCAACAAUGUAAUUGUCGAAUUUUUGGAAUCAGUAGGUGAAGAGAAUUUGUCAUAUUUUUAUCAUACACUGCUAAUCAAUAUGACUACGGAUCUUUCCAAAAAUAUGCCAAUUGUUGGUUAUAAGUUCGUGUUACAAUUAAUUGCUCAACAUUUUCCACAUGUCGCUUCAAAUAACAUGGCUAAAAUUGCUUUGUUGCGUAAUUCAUAUCAAAAUCGAAGCAAUAUUUGUUUAAGUAUACUUUGGGCAAUUGGCCAAGGCGGUUUUAAAGAAAUAACAGAGGGUAUUAAAGUGUGGCAGAAUUUAAUGUUGCCUAAUCUGGAAUUGAAAAGCUAUACAAAAUAUGUGACUGAAUAUUUAGAAAAAGUUUUAACUGCAGCAAAAGAAGACUGCACAAUAGCUUUGAAUCAAAACGAGUUUUUCUCGUUCUACAACGCUUUAAAAACGCACUACCCCAUUCCAAAGGAGAAUCAAGAGACUCUUGGAAAAUGUGCUCAUGGUUUUUUGAUCAAGUACAUUUUAUCUAGUAGUAAGCAUUCGAACAUUUUUGUGACGCUGUUUCGUAAUAUCGAAGAUAUUAAGCGGAGUCGGAGCGAGUUGGAGGGCUGCGUCUGUUGUCUUGUUAAUGGUGAAGAUAGUUUUAAAGUAUGGAAGAUGAAUUAUAAGAAGCAGUUGAUGCCAUCCCUACUGCUGUUCAAAGAAAUCGAAAAACAUCUCGAUAAGGCUGAUAAAAAUAUCCUAAAGCUGGCAUGCUCCAAAUCAUUCCAGGCUUUCUUAGAGGAAGCUCAGAAACUGAAUGAAGAAUUGAAUUUAGCAAAACGGAAGGACCCAAAUUUAGAAGAUUUGAUGGCUGUUGUGAAGAAUGUUCAAGAGAAAACCACACAACAGAAGAAGAAACAAAUCGCUAACGAACAAAAGAAAUGCGGCUGCUGCAAGUGGGUGUUGGGCAGUUUUGUGCUAAUCGCCUUGAUUGCCGGCGCUUUGGUCUACGACACAAAUGUCAAUGGCAAAGGUGUCUUUGAGCGUUCCGCUACCGGCAAGAUACUAAAGAAUGCUGGCGUAUUGCCGCAUGUAGAGAAAGCGUGGUACACGACGAUGGGCGCCGCGGCAAGAGGUUACAAAUGGGCCGAACAGCAUGUGCCGCCAUACGCGAAACCUGCCGGUCAGCUGGCGUGUGACCUCUUCAAGUUGGCGCGCAAUACCGCCUGUAAUGUGUAUGGCGUGGUCGCCGAAUUUGUUGCAGCAAAAUUGCCAGUCGCUGCUAGCUUUCUGGAACAAUAUGUUCCCGGUCUACCUAAAAAGAUCGAAAACACUUCUUUGACGAUCAAAAAUGUGUGCGUCGAUGCUUUUGGCAAAGCAGUGGUCUUUUUCAGAACACAGGUUUUAAUUGGCCGUCUCUCACCUGAAAAUCUCAGCAAGGCACUCAACCAGACCCAAAAUGCUGCACUCGAUUACUACAAUCAGUUCCAUAAAAAGGUUGAUACCUAUGCAAAACUGAAAUGAUUUUAAGUGGAAAAACAAAAAAAAUCAUUAUAUUAUGGCGAUCAUCUCCACCAAUUCAAUCCAACUCAACACUCAAUAAAACCACCAUAUGACACCACUGCUAACCACCCAACAGCAAAUGGAUUGCAUGGCAAAUCAAGUUUCGGCUUGUUAUGCCAAAACAAAAAGCUGUCAAUUUUUAAAGAAACACUGAACUUUUUGAGUGCUGUUAAAGAAAAAACUAUUUUCUACACCCUAAAACAGGUGCAAGAAAUGAAACGAAAAUGUAUAUUUUGAUUAUGUAUAAAUGGAAAAAUCUACAAAUUUAUUGUAUAUUAAGAAAUUUUGGUUAAGUAAAAAUUUUGAAUGCAGUUGUAGUAUUUGAAAAAUCUUGUAAAUGUUGGUAUUUUGAAAAAUAUUUGACAUUCAAUAAUGGAAUUCUCUAUUUCAUUGUUUUACAUCACUCAACUAUUUAUUACCAAGCUUAAUUAAGUUUCAAAUUCCAUUUGCACUUUUUUGUGAUUUAUGCAUUAAUUUCAUAAGUUAAUAUGCGUCGCACACACAAGUUUCUUAACGUUUCUUUCUGUCAGUUUGCGCCUGUUUUGCUAUGUAAUCUUUCGUCAGGGUGCAUGAGAUGGUGGCAUACUAUUCCAGUUUGUAUCAAAUUUUAGUCGAUUGAUAUAAAAAUACUUCAAUGCAUUUUCUCUUAGUUCAUUAUGUGAAUUGUGAAUGAUAACCUCUUUUUUAAAUAAAAAAUAUUUAAAAGUUGUAA